AUGGAGACAGAAGAGAAAGGCUCGGUUCUGAGGCAGGGGUUCCUGGUGAAGAGGGGUCAUGUUGUACCCAACUGGAAGGCGCGCUGGUUUGUGAUGAUGCCAGACAAGCUGCUGUACUACAAAUACGAAGGAGGCAGGAAGGACUCCUGUCAGCGAGGCAAAAUCCCGCUGAAGGGCUGUGAGGUGACCUGUCCUUACCUGGAGUACGAGAACCGACCGUUGGUGUUAAAACUCCGGACGAAGAAUGGCGUGGAUCACUUUCUGGAGGCUUGCUCCAGGGAGGAGAGGGACGAGUGGGCAGAGGAGAUCAGCCGAGCCGUCACCAAGCUGCAGACGGGCGGCGGUGAGCCCGUGACGAACCAGCAGGACUCGUCUGGAGCUCACCUUCAGGGUGUAAAUCUGAGCAAAGUGCUGGAGUCCAUGUACGACGUGCACAGUGGCAUCAACAUGAGCAACCACGUGGAGCAGGGCAGCACUUACAGCAACUGCUUCUCAGGCUCCGCCGCGGUGGACUGGCUGGUGUUCACCCAGCUGGCCCUGACCCGUGUGGACGCCGUCACGCUGGCCUCGGCCCUCCUGGAGGAGGGCUUCCUGAGGACGGUGGGCGUGAAGAGCGUGGAGUUCCUGCGCACCGGCGGCGAGCAGUUCAUGGACGACUCCACGGCGCUGUACAGCUUUUCUGACAGUUUGAAGAAGAGAGGCAUCGUGAAGGCAGAGACGUCCCUGUCUGCAGUGGAGCUCAGUGGGGAAGUCAUCAAGAGAGGAUUUCUACUCAAACAGGGACACAGAAGGAAAAACUGGAAGGUGCGGCUGUUUGUGCUGCGCUCAGAGCCGCCCUUCCUUCACUACUACGACCCCACCAAGGACGACGUCAGUCCUGCGGGCGGUUUCUCACUGCGAGGCUGCCUCGUGUCGUCUCUCAACGAUAACGGAGUUCCCUCAGGUGUGAAAGGAAACGUUCAAGGCAACCUGUUUAAGAUCAUCACCCAGUUGGACACACACUACUUCAUCCAGGCCCCGACUCAGCAGGAGAAGAUGGACUGGAUCGAAGCCAUCAGAGAGCAGACGUAAAGCCGCAGAGUGCAGCGAAAACUUCGCUUUUCACAAACGUCAGCUCUGUCCUUCAAGCUGUGAUGAAGAGGACUGAAGAUACUCAUUCCGUGAAUGUGUGCAACAUUUCAUUGUCCGUCUUAAAUGUUGUUCAGUUUUGAUAUUGAAGCAAGGUUUAUAAAGUAUUGUAGCAGGUUAACUCUUGUAAUCAUUCAGUGUAAUUUAUAAACUUUUUAUGUGUUGAACGAUAAAUAAAAUUCU